AAUGUGGCUGAAUGUGAAUGAAUUUUUUUGUCUCGCUAAAAGUCUCACACAUGCGCCAUCCCAAGGGCGCCCUUUUGUCUUGCUCCCGCCCCCCUCCAAAGCACAUUUCAAGAUGGCAGACCCAGAUGCGGACGGUGAAGAUGAGUAUGAAGAAAACCCAGAUUAUUAUUCCAUUCUUAAUAUCAGAAAAGAGGCCACAGAUGAAGAGAUCAGGUCUGCAUACCGACGCAUGUGUGUCACAUACCAUCCAGACAAACAUUUGGAUUUAAAAAAUAAACAGGUAGCAGAAAAUAUUUUUGCAAGAAUUCAUAAAGCAUAUGAAGUGCUGUCAGAGCCUCAAACCAAAAUGAUAUAUGAUACAUAUGGACAGAAGGGACUGGAUGCUGGUUGGGAUUUGAUUGAACGAAAAAGAACGCCACAAGAGAUUCGUGAGGAAUAUGAAAGACUUCAGCGAGAAGCUGAACAAAGACGUAUUGAACAAAGAACAAAUCCUACGGGAUCAAUAACAGUGCAAAUCGAUGCCACAGAUAUCUUUAACAGCAGUGAAAUUGAUGACCCAUUUUAUGAAGAUGAGCGGAGUUUCCUCCCCAGCAUUGAAAUUCGUGGUAUGACAAUUAAUCAAUCUAUUGAGGCACCUAUUACUAAAGACAAUACAGCAGUUUUAUCCGGUUCCCUUCAAAAUCAAAAUGGUAAUGGUAGUGGAAGCAUUGAUGUAUCGUUGAAAAGAGUGUUCACAAACAAAUCUUGGGGAGAGGUUGAAGUUGGUGCUGGGAAUGGAGCUACCCUUAAAUUGAAAGGUUUUCAUAAUCUUGGAAAGAAAAUGUUUGCAAGUGCGACAAUAAAUUCUGCUUUACAGCAAUCAAAGUUGAAUGCAGGGUUACAAGCUAUGGUUGCUAGACAAUUAUCAAAACAUUCCAUGGGAUAUCUAUCUUGGUCAGGAGGACGUAUGUCUGCUAUGACUUCCACGUUUAUAAGAAAUACAGAACAUUAUCACUUCAUGGCUCAACUGCAAAUUGGGAUACCACAUUCGUUAGCCCUUGUGUCUUAUACUCAUAAAUUUGGAACAGAUGCAAAAGUAAAAGUUUCAUGCAGAUACGGCAUAUUUGGUUUCUUAUUCGAAUAUGGUUGCGAACACAAAGUAACUUCACUAAGCAGGCUCGGUGCAUCUAUGAGUAUUGGACAAGCUAGUGGUGUUACUCUCAAAAUCAAAAUCCAUCGUCACACCCAGUCGUUUAAUUUCCCUAUCCUGCUAUCUGAAGUUGUUUCACCAUCAGCUAUUUUCUAUGGAACAGUAGCUCCUGUAGUUACAUAUGUUACAAUAAAAGCCCUAAUUCUUCUACCUAUGAUCCGAGAACAAAGAAAAAAAGAUCGAGAAGCUGCACGUUUAAAACAUGCUAAAUUGAUAGCUGAAAGAAAAAAACAAGCCGAAGCAGAGAUUCUUUUGUUGACUCACUCUUACGAACGGGCUGUAGAAGUUGAACAAGCAAGACAUGGUUUGAUCAUAAGAGAAGCCUGGUAUGGACGUUGUCUCUCUAGCGGCGAAAAACACACACCAGAUGCGCCCUAUCUGGUCAAUGUUACUAUCCCAGUACAAUGUUUAGUUAAAGAAUCAAAAUUAAUUUUAACAAAUGCGACCAAGUCGCAAUUGCAUGGCUUUUACGAUCCCUGCAUUGACGAAGAAAAGCAUUUAAAAAUUAUAUACGAAUUUCGUGAUGCAGUACACGAAGCUGUUUUUCAAGACCAUGAGCCAGUUAGGAUACCAAAACAAUCACACAAAAUAUCUUUUAAAGUUUCCUGAUAAGGAAGGAUAUUUUCUUGGACGCCAAUCCACAAUUAUUUGGAAGUUUCUCAAUCGUGAGCAUGUGGUUCAACACAAUAUGAACUUCUAAAGACUAUAUUUUAUUAUGUAUAGUGUACUUAUGCAAACUGAUCACUUCUAAAAGAAAAAACAUAGUUUACUUUUCUGCUUGUAACUUUUUCAUUAUAAAAAUAGUGGUUGCAAGUUGAUAUCUUCCAAAUAUUACGUACAUAAUUUUGUGAUCUUUACCCUUUGUGACAUCAUGGCUAAUUUCAGGAAUAUACCAUACUAUUCUUUUUGCUGCUAACUAGUUUGUAGUUGAAGGCAACGCCUAACUAAGGAGUGAUCUUAUUUCAUUUGGUUGAAAGUUAAUGAGAUAGCAUAUUAUAUAUUUUAUUAUAGUUAGGUUUUCAUGUAUCUUUUUCCAUUCUGUGCAUAAAUAGAAUAUUUAUAUGCUAUUUUA